GAUUUUGUUUAGUUUAAUAAAUAGGUUUGAUCGGAAACAGGGGUGGUUGCGUAGGAGGCGAGGGGCGUGGAAUUGCAGAGAAAAUGAACAACGCCAUCUUCAAAGUCGCAAACACCAAUCAUCACCAUUUCUCUCUUAGGGCUGCACUCUUUCAUUCCACUCCUAUCUUGCAGCGUAAACGGCGCAACUUUUGGGACUCUAGAGGCAACAACCAUUACUCGAGAAGAUUUAGAAGGAUGCAGGGAAAACAAAAAAUAUUGCGCAGUGUCAAUGAUUAUGCAGAAUUUCUGUUUCAGAAAUGGAAGGGAAAUAUUGAUGAGGAUGAUCCAUCAUCAAGUCGAGGCACCUCAUGGUUUAGCCAACAAUAUUCUGAUAGGGGCUCUGGAAGGUACAGGAAUGGCAAUCGUGGAUCAAGUCACCGCUACAAAAGAGAUCCUUUGUUUUGUGAAGAUGAUUUUGAUGUCGAAACCAUUUUCCGUUCUGCCUUUGGUGGGAAUAGAUUUUUCUAUUGGUCAUUCAUCAAUGAGGAGAAUCCUCAGUGGAGGAGGUCUGAACGCUUUUCUAAUUAUGGGAAAUCUUGGAACUGGAGACAUCGGAACGAAAAUGAUUAUGACUCUGCAUCUGAGUCUGAUAGCUCAGAUUCUGAUCUAGCUCCUGAUAGAUUAGCCCUCGGAUUGAGUGUUUCUGGUCCUCUAAAACUUGAAGAUGUAAAAAAUGCGUACCGGGCGUGUGCCCUAAAGUGGCAUCCAGAUCGUCAUCAAGGCUCUUCCAAGGCUAUGGCAGAAGAGAAGUUCAAGCAUUGCAGUGCUGCUUAUCAAUCUUUAUGUGAUAAGCUGGCCUUGGAUUAAGCUGGCCUUGGAUUAAGGCCCUUCAGACAUAUGCUAAUCCUUUUCUAGGAGUCUUCAGCCAGCUCAUACCAGAUGAUUGAUUAACCAUGCUAAAUUAUUUAACACAUCGAUUUUGCUUUCAUUGUAUUUUGUAAUUUUGAGUAAUUUUAUUAGAUAAUAAUAGAAAUAAUGUGUAUACUAUUUUACAAUUACAAAUGUACCAUUUAUUGUCUCUAAACGUCUUUAGUUUCAAUUUUGCUGAGCAUGGCCAGUGUAUUUUCAAUAAAAAGUAUUAUUGUUUU